UUUCUAUAUUGCCUCCUUCUCCUUUGUGACUUCUUUAUUCUCAGUUCGCAAAAACCUAACAGAAAAAAUGUCUUAUGCAUACCUCUUCAAAUACAUAAUAAUCGGAGACACCGGAGUCGGAAAAUCAUGCCUUCAACUUCAAUUCACUGACAACCGCUUUCAACCCCUCCACGACGUAACUAUCGGUGUCGAAUUCGGUGUAAGGACGGUCACCAUUGAUAACAAACCAAUCAAGUUACAAAUAGGGGACACGGCAGGUCAAGAAAUGUUCAGAUCGAUAACAAGAUCAUACUACAGAGGAGCAGCAGCUGCAUUACUGGUUUAUGAUAUAACAAGGAGAGAAACAUUUGAUCACAUAGCUGACUGGUUAGAUGAUGCAAGGCAACAUGCGAAUUCGAGUAUCACUGUUAUGUUGAUCGGAAACAAGUCCGAUCUCAGUAAGAAGCGUGAUGUAAGUACUGAAGAAGGCGAGAAGUUUGCGAAGGAGAAUGGUUUGAUGUUCAUGGAGGUUUCUGCGAAAAGUGCAGAGCAUGUUGAACAUGCGUUCGUAAAAACAGCUGGAAUAAUAUGUAAAAAGAUUAAACAUGGAGGAUUUGAUGUGGUGAAUGAGAGUCAUGGAAUCAAAAUUGGAUAUGGGGAAGCAUCAGUAGGUAGGAAUCAUAAGCUUCCUUAUGGUACUGGUGGAAGCUGCUGCACUUGA